GUUUGGUGCAUCGACAUCUCAGCAGACAGCACACUGCUGGCGGGUGCAUCGUUUGGUUCUACAGCACGGAUAUGGAGCCUGGACACAAGCGAACUCGUCGCUGGUCCAUUCGAAUUCAGCGAUGAUAUUUCUGGCGUACAAGCACUUCGAUUCUCGGCAAACUCAAGGAAGCUGGCGGUGUUGUCAAAUCAGGCGCAGUGUCUUCAGGUGUGGGACGUUCAAGCACAGAACUUGAAAGUCACUAGAUCUAGAGGAAAAUCUACUCUUGAACGUUGUUGGGUCUCUUUGCCGGUAUUCUGGACAAAAAAAGACCAAUCCAUCAUAGCUGCGUUCAGCUUCACGGAUGACCCCGCAUCGACGAUCCAUGAAUUUGACGCGUCGACGUUGGAGACUGUCGGAGAUUCCUUCCAAGGGCACACCAAGAAGAUAACCGGUCUAGCGCUCUCUUUUGAUUGUGCCCUUCUCGCCAGUGCUUCUCUCGAUGGCACCAUCAAGCUCUGGUCCUUCGAGUCCCGCCAGCUCCUUGCUUCAUUCAAUGUCCAAAAUCCCUUCGCCCUCAUCCUCUCGCCGGAUUCACGCAAAUUGGCUUACGCGCCCUGGGGUGUACCAAAGAUUCGUGUGUGCAAAAUUCCAGCCAAUGUCAUUGCUAGGAUCAGCCAUGCAAAAGAGAUCAAGAAACCUGGACGUUCACGCCUCACUCGUCUACUCAAUUCCAAUACAAUUCGUCGUACCAUGCGCAGAAAAUCAGUGACGGUGCCUGUUAAAUCUCCCAUUUCCCGCCCGCAAAUUCCCCUGCCUAUUGCAAGGGACCCGCAUGCUUUCCUUCGUUUUCUGCGCAAACUCGUUUCCUCCUCACACACUAACGUGGUUCAUCCAAUUCACACCGAUGAGCCUCGUAAUCGCUUGGAUUUCCCUGCUACAGUGCCCCUACCUCAUUCACAUAUAAAUCCCCACAAGAAUUCCCGAUCCCCACCAGCACCACCCACCACCAAAUCAUGGUGGCCCAUUUGGAAAGGUCAGACAUUGCCAGCUAUCAUCAACGUUCCUCUCGCACAGGGUAAAGAGUGGAACGCUGCAGCAGAUGUUCCCAGCAAAGAUGAUAAAUGGAUUCGUGAUGAAGAUUAUGUUUCUCCCCCUCCUUCACUGAAUCUCGAUUCACGACAGCCACCCACAGGAGGGCAGAUCAACAGUGGAGAGCAUGGCAGCGGUCGAUUGUGUUUCUGCUUUUAGACAGAUUUCGAACGUGUUUACUCAGUUAUAUGGUAUGUAAUUGUUGCUCGUCG